UAUAUAUCUUACAAAUUUACAACUUCGUAUUUGUCAUGUCGAAUGAACCAGGCCCAAGUUAUGUUUCUUCUAUGCCCGGGUUAUCACCAUCUUCAACGGGAACUUUCAGUUCCGUAGGUAUUGCAGAAUUGGACCAAUUCAAGAAUCAAAUCCUAUUACAAAUGAUGCAACUUCAAAGAUGGCUGAAAGAACUCCAGAACAACCAGACAUUGGAAAAGACGAACACGGUGUCGUUCGCACAGACCCUCAAUCUAUCAAAGAACCAAGCUAAAGCUAUGGAGACAAGACUUGCUAAUUUACAGAAAAUAGUUGCUGUACAAGCCGACACAAAUAAGAAAUUACAAAAAGAAACUACGGAUAAGAAUGCUACAACUCAUGCUCUAAUUGAGGUAUUGGGAGUAGAUCUUGCUGCAGUGAAAACAACCAUGGAGAAUUUGAUGAGACAAGUGGAAGAACUUAGACGUUCUGGAGGUGGUGGAAGUGGAAGUGCGAAUAUCAGUUUGCCGGAUAACUUAAACGAAAUGUUUGAAGCAUUAGAGCGGCAAUUAGGAACCUAUGAUGUUAAGCUCGCAGAAAUGGACUUACGAUUCCAGGUCCUAGAGACUACAAAUUACGACGGUAAACUAGUGUGGAAGAUUCGUGACUUUGACCGAAGGCGAGAAGAUGCCAAACGAGGUCGAGCUCUUUCGAUAUACAGCCAACCGUUUUAUACAUCAAGAUACGGAUAUAAAAUGUGCUUGAGAGUAUAUUUAAACGGAGAUGGGAUGGGAAAAAACACCCACAUCUCGUUAUUCUUCGUUUUGAUGAAGGGGGAAUACGACGCGAUUUUACAAUUUCCAUUUCGUCAGAAGGUAACGCUGAUGCUCCUGGAUCAGGGACCCGAUCGUCGCCAUUUGUCCGAUGUUUUCCGACCCGACCCAACGUCAAGUUCUUUUAAAAAACCAACUUCAGAUAUGAAUAUAGCCAGUGGAUGCCCCAUGUUCGUUGCUCACGACACUAUAAAUAGAAGCUCGUAUGUGAAGGAAGACACAAUUUUUAUCCGUGUGGUCGUGGAAACCACGGAUUUGGAAAAUUUUUAAAUGAGAGACAUUGUAUAUUGAAAUUUUUUAAUUGUGUAUUCUCAUUUGAAAGUUCUCACAGUGAAAUAAUAAUAAACAAGAAUCAUGAUUGCAUAAAAUCUGAUCCAAUAUCCACUUUUAUUCUUACUGAAUUACCUUUAUCAAACGAUUAUAAUAUAAUGGCUUCAGCAAAUAUAUCAAUGCACGGGUUAACUGCAUACCAUUGUGUAUACAAAUGUCUAUUCACAACAUUUCUGGUCGCAAAUUUGAAAUAUGUUUUGUAUAUAAACUAUUUGCUUAUGUAUAAACUUGAAAUUUUUAUUAAUCCUUGGCAUGUCAUAAACAUAACUAUAAAAGAAUUAUUGACCUGGAUUUGGUGUUGGUGAUAGGAUUCAGAUAAAUUUGAUGGGGUUUCACAUUAAUUAAUUGUGUUUAAUGUUUAAUUUUUCAACAAUUUUGUGAAAACUCUGAAUAAACCUUUUGAGAAAUGCUUUUGCUCAACCUGUUCAGUUUUACCCAGAAGUUAUAACUUUCAGCAUUGCUCAAGAGUUUUAGUUGGUAUUUUCGCUGUAAAUUUCUAUAUUUUGUUUUACACUCGUGACUCAAAAAUUUGUUUGAGUUUUUGGUGUUACUCAUUUAUUAAUUCCUUGUGUAAUGUGUUUCAAUGUGAAGUAAUGACAUAUUGACAUUUUUCUGAUUGAUGAGAAAUAAAGUGUAAUAUAGCACGCAUUUACAUUUUUAAUAAUUAGUCAUUCAAAGUAUUAGUAGUUUGUAGUGGUUAUUAAGGUAAAUUUUGUGCU